AUGCGACCCUUCACCCCCAUUUCCAGACAUCGGUCUGGCCCGCCACCGAGAACAGCGACGCCUAUUAAGAGUAUUUUGCGUCCUUCCGUGCUGGGCCGCCGGAAAGCAGACGAUGCGGGGCUUGAUUCGGUCGCAGCCGACCCUCCCUCCAGCCCGACCAAGCGGAGAAAGGUCUUCAUCAACGAGAUGAACAACCGCGUUUUCGAGUUCGGCGGUCGGUCGAUGGACGAGGUAAACGCGGAAGUCCGGAAAGCUCUCGAGGAGCACCUCAUGGGGGAGGACGAGGAAUACGACAAUCUGAAGGAGAUCUUUGCCAAUGAUAAGCAGCGAUACUUGCCGCCUGUCGCUGGGGAAGACGAGGAUACCCUCAAGCCCCAGGAGCUCAAGUGCUACGUUCUGGCGCUCACUAGCUGCGUCCCUCUCUUGAAGAACAAGGCCUGCAAUGGCCUCGUGAGAACCGUUCUCCAAGUCUCUUGGCUCGGCCGAGACGAAGACUUCUUCAAGGUCUACAUCCAGUUCCUGGCUGCCCUCAUUAGCGCUCAGGGGUCCUAUCUGACGCAUGUGUUGUCCAUGAUUGUCGAGAAAUUCUGCCACUCCAGGCAGUCCGAAUGGGGCGUUGCCGACUUUCCUCCUGUCAGCCGCUCCACCAUGCGCGAACGUCUGCACACCGGUCUGCAGUACCUCCUUCAGAUGUUCGCGGCCGCCACCCCCGUUCUCCGCAACUUGCUCGACACCAAGUUUCCCUUCGAUGACGACCCGAAGAGGAUGUUCGUUUCCUACGUCAUCAACCUACUGAAGCUCUCUGACUACGCCGGAGAGCUGGACCUUGACAUUAUCGACGUGCUCCUCUCGCGUCUAGUCAAGAUCGAUGUCCAGAUGCAGACGGAUCUUGACGACCUCGACGACGACCUCACGGCAUCGGUUGCAUACGCGCUUGGAAAGUCACUAAACACUGGGUCGUGGGAAGGCGAUGAAGAAGCCGAGGAGGAGGACAGCGACGACGAGUCCGUCGACAGUGAUGAUUCGGAUUUUGACGAUAAGGAAGAAAAGGUCCGCGUUGUUAAGGGCAACGUCGAGAAGCUGGACGCUAUCCUUGAUACGCUCUUCGAUCACUACACACCUCUCUUCGAGAACCCCGACUCAGACGAGGCAUGGGGCCGCUAUGCCCUGUUGGUGCAGUCUUUCGGAAAGAUUGUUCUGCCAACAUACAAGUCUCGCCACACACAAUUCCUCCUCUUUCACUUCGGCCAGAUGUCGGCACGUCUGCGCGAUACCUUCGUUGGCAGCUUGAUGCACAUCUUUGGCUCCCAAAACCGACCGAGCUUCGUACGACAGGCAGCGGCUACAUACCUGGCGGGUUUCAUGGCAAGAGGCGCUCACGUCCCGCCUGACCUGGUCCGCACCGUCUUCGCCCUCCUGCUCAAGCAGAUGCAAAUCUACCGCGUGAAGCACGACCCUGACGCGAGAGGACCUGAUCUGCGACGACACCAAAUUUAUUAUGCGCAAGUCCAAGCUGCGCUCUACAUGUUCUGCUUCCGCUGGCGCGACCUGAUCGUGGAUACGCCCGAGUUUGUCGACCGCGACGACCCCGCAUCAUACCUUGGCAACGAGCUGGAGUGGAUGCAAGGGAUGAGGGAGGAGCUUUCGGCGAGUGUGUACUGCAAGAUGAACCCGCUGAAGAUCUGCGCGCCCGCGAUCGUCGAAGAAUUCGCGACACUGGCCCACAAGCUCGGCCUGAUGUAUAUCUUCCCGCGUUUGGAGGAGAACAAGCGCAUCAGGCUGUCGCAGUUUGUGUCGGACACGUACGGCACAGGAGGCGCUCUCCGGGACACAGGCUCCGGAGCACAGGACGAGGAGUCGUACCAGCUCGACCCUUACUUUCCCUUUGACCCUUACCAGCUGCCUGUAAGCAAGCGCUGGAUCCAGGGAGACUACGUACAAUACCAAGCUAUCCCGGGUCUGAAUAUGGAGGCUGGCGACGAUGAUAGUGAUGAGGAGGAGGACGAUGUUCCCGAGACAGAUGUGGAGGAAGACACAGCUACGGCCAGCGAGGACGAAGACGACGAUUGA